GCAGCAGCGGGACAAGGGGAUCGGAUGACAGGCGGAGCUGCUGUGAUUUCAGGGGCCACAGUGAGCGGACAACACACGGACACUGCUACAGUGGAAGGUCAAGGGGCUCAGAUUCAGCUGCAGUGGUUGUUGUGGUGAAUAUUCCCCCAGAAUCGUUGAUCCUUGGUCCUGAACGCUCAGUAGGGAGAAUGGUGUGUGAGCAGCUGAACCACAGAGAGUGAGCAGGAAAAAAAGCCUGGUGGUGGUGGUGGUGGUGGUGUUGUUGUUGUUGGCCAGCAUGGCUCUGGGGAUCAGCGUCCUUCUCAAAGUGGGACUUCUGUUGUUGACGGCAGCUCAAGUCCUUCCUCUGGUGUCCGCCUGCAACCGGGGCUUCUACGAGGGGAUGAUCAACGAUUUAUGCUUGGCCAAAUUCCGACUGGACAUGGGAGGACUGGACCAAGGCCUGUGGUGCAGCUGGACGGACACGAUGGAGAUAUACGAGGGAGUGACAAACUGCACGUACCAGGUGGCGCUGAGGAUGGACUGCUUCUGGCCCAAUCACGUCGUCGACCGCUUCUUCGUGAACAUUCACCAGCUCUACUUCCGCGACUGUGCGCUCACCGGCCGACUCCUCCACGACCCGCCGGUCAGCAUCCUCGCCCCGUUCAUCACGGUGCCGGUACUGGUCACGUUGCUCAUGACUGCCCUGGUGGUGUGGAGGAGCAAACGCACAGAGGGAGUUUUAUAGGACAAACCAAAUUUACUGUGGUGUGAUCAGUUGUUUUGUUUUUUUUACCUUUUUAAACUAUGAAACAAUGUAGUGUGCCAUCUAGUGGUUAAAUAAUCGCAUAAUAACCGAUAAAGAACAAAUGUUCCCCUUUGUUUUACAUUUAAUGAAGAAUCUUUUUACAGAACAUAUCAUGAACAUGAAAUUUCAAUAAUAUUGUGCGUAUAGGUUUAUCAUAUACACAACUUACAGAUCGCAGUGAAUCUACAAAGACACAACACAUUUAUCACAGGUAUCUGGAACUGAUAAAUACAGUAUUUGACAUUAAAUUUUCACAAAUCCAUCCUACGGACCGGACCCUCUCGUGGGCCGGUUCUGGCUCAUGGGCUGUAUGUUUGACACCGCUGGAUAGGGUCUAGGGUCAACAAGAACUUUUUUCCUCGAAGCAAUUAAAUACCAGGCCAAAACAUCAUAUCGUUAUCCUUUGUACUGAAGGUUUUUCUUUAAAUUUAAAUGUAUUCACUGGCCAAUUUAAAAGAUGUCAGUUUAAAAAAAUAAAAUACCUUGAUUUAAUAGUGUCUUAAAACUGCCCUCUGUUAAUCUUUUAACAUUCAAUUAACGUUAGAUAAGAUAAGCAAAUAAUUAUAAAUUAAUUUAAUUAAAAUCUGACUUUUUAAUGAAUUUACUGGGCUGGAUAUUAACCCAUAGAACACAGAGCAUUUUGGCUGCUUUUUUCCAUUAUUAUGUUUAAAACGUACAGUAUAUGCAAUAUAGAGUGUCUUAUAUGCUUUUUUUUCCCCAGCACAACCUGUAGACAAUCUGAUGAAACAUUUAACUGUAUAAACACUCAAAAAUGUUUAAAAUUGGACUGAAUACACAGUUCAAAGUUCACUUGGCUCAUUUUUAUGAACAAAAAGAAAAGAAAAAUACACUCCAUUUGUGUGACUUCUGCACAAUUAUUGCUACUUUAUAUCACAACGAAAAAACGCGACAUAAAAUGAAUCAUAACUUUGACUCAACAAGACAUAAGACACAGAAAACGCAUUUUUAAAGCCUGGAUAUGUGACAUAUAAACACCCCCCCCCCAGGAUGUCCAUAUAAGGAGUUGUGUAUUAUUCCCCCAGCAAUUUAAAUAUACAUCAAUUCAUAUAAGAGGUGUGUUUCAUGUGGGAGUGGGCACAUGAGCACGAGAAAGAGACAGGUCAUAGGUGACUGUGUAUAUGGGAUUGUGUCCAUCCGUUGGAACAUAUUAUAGUCUCACCCAUUCAUUUCCACAUUGAAUAAACCGCUCAAUUUUUAAUUUAA